AUGCCCACUUCCGUUAUGGAUAAGGUCAUAAUGCUGGAGAGUCAGUGUGGAAAGUUUAACAGAAGCUAUCUUUCCAAUAUUACGCUGUUUGUAAAAAAUGCCCGGAUAAAUCUUGAACUGUACUUGCUAAGGGAUUUGGUCCCCGGUGUGACAAUGGAUAUGGAGUUCCUUAUCAGCAUGCAGAACUCCAAUAAAUAUCAGAAAAUCUUUCAAUACUCUCUGGACAUGUGCAGCAUGCUGGCUCGAAAGAGGAAUAACAUCUUCAAAAGGUGGUUCGCUACCUUCUUCGAUGCCGGUAACUUUAAAACGUACUGCCCGGUAGAGCCAAACGUUUACUACCUAAGGAACUACAAUUACAACACUCUUUACAUCCCAAAGUUUCUGUAUGCAGGCAAGUACCGGGUGAAGUUUGACAUGAACCAGUUAAGAAAUAACAAUAGAAUCAGAGAUUUCGUGGUGGGCUGUGUCUUUGUGGUUGAAAUAAAGUAA